AAAAAACAAAAACAUUUGUUAGUGUGCGGGACACAUUAGUCAAUCAUCCAGCGUACUUUUAAGAUGGCAGCCCCCAAAGAUAUUCAGGUCAAGGAGCUGGACAAGCGGGCCUCUGGCCAAGCCUUUGAGGUUAUCCUUGGUGAACCUACCCCAGACACUAAAGGCGACUUCCCCUUGGCCCCUCCAAAGAAAAAGGAUGUUUCACUGGAGGAAAUUCAGAGGAAGCUGGAUGCUGCCGAAGAAAGACGCAAGAACCAUGAAGCUGAGGUUUUGAAGCAUUUAGCAGAAAAACGUGAACAUGAAAAAGAAGUGCAACAGAAAGCUAUGGAAGAGAACAACAAUUUCAGCAAGAUGGCUGAGGAGAAACUCAAUCAGAAAAUGGAAGCCAACCAAGGGAAACGCACAGCAAUGAUGGCAGCAAUGAAUGAAAAAUUCAAGGAGAAAGACAAAAAAUUGGAGGAAGUGCGAAAAAAUAAGGAAACCAAUCAAACCAACGAUGCUUCGGAAGACUGAAUGACAUCACAAGUCUGAACUACAUCAUGUGAAUGAAAUGUCAUUUUUGUAUUUGACUAUUCUUUGUGUUGAAUUCUUUCUUCUUGUUGAUCUUAGCUAUUAUAUCUGUGUGCACUUCCCACUUGAAGUUUUUUUUUUUUUUCCCCCAUUUCUUUUCUCAAACCAAAAACAUCCUUGCGCUGAAGGGGACAGAAUUUAAGCGAAAGAGACAUUUAAGCGAUGUCUGUACAAUGAUUUCCAAUGGAGAAAUAGUGAGCGCUUCCUCGCGUGACGUCAUCGACCAAAACAUGGAGGGGAGGGGAGGGGAGGGGAGCGGUGUGUGGCCCUAGUCCUCCAUUUAAAGUGGCCAUUUCUAAAGGCAUUCGUUUUUUCAUGAUUUCUCCAAAAUGAAUGGAAUAAAUAGAAAAUGAUGAGUUUUUUCCAAAAAUGACAUAAACUGGGCUAGUUAGGGAAAAAUGAAGCAGCUUCGCUUUUGUGUCCCUUUCAUUUGUGUGGCGACCGAUCUCGACACCCUUAGUUGUGCUUGCGUACAGUAGGGAUCAUAAACCUUAACAUUUCUUGUGGUCUUGAAAAAGUCUUAAGUUUAGAUUGUUACCGUUUCAAUAACAAGGGUAGAAAAAGUAGUUCUGAAGACAACAAAAAGGGUUUCACAAAGAUGGGUGUAGUUUGUUUCACCUGAAGAUAUGUCUUUAUUUCGCUGUUAAUCUCAAACUGUAUUGCUGUGUGAAGCAUGUCAUCGGAUGUUUCAUGAAUAACAAAUGCAUUACUUGUGUAAAGUUAAUGAGCAAUACAUCUUCAUUGUAUGAGUGAAUUUUCUGUUAGUUGUACUGUUAAAAAAAGACUGUUGCCACGUAACAAGAUUGCAUGUAAUCCCUGUUAACCUCACACUUUUGAAAUAUACUAUUUUCACCGAUA